AUGCGUCACCAAAAAUCUGUUUAUAAUCUUACUAUCUCUGAAGAAAAAUUGGCUCCUGAUGGUUUUACUCGAGAAAUGUUCGCUAUAAAUGGUCAAUUUCCUGAUCGUCUAGUUGAAGUUAAUAAAGGUGAUACGUUAGUUUUCAAUGUCUAUAAUGAUUUAGAUGAUGAGACUUCGAUCCAUUCUCAUGGAAUAUUUCAACGCGGGACUCCUUGGUAUGAUGGUGUUCCCUGGCAUACUCAGUGUGGUAUUCCAUCAAAGAAAACCUUCACCUACGAAUUUAAAGUUGAUCAAAUAUUGUUACAAGAUUGGUACCAUACUGAUGCCAAAACCUUGUUGCCUCAAUUCUUGAGUCCUGCAAGUCAAGGUAAUGAACCAAUACCCGUUAAUAGUCUUAUUAAUGGAAAGAACUCUUGUAAUUGUUCUUGGGCAUCAGAAGGCAGCAAUUGCGUUAGUACUGCAUCAUUGCAUCCUAUGGAUGUUAUUGAAGUUGAAGGGAUGAUGACAAAGCGAAAAUAUUGGAUGCGUGCAGAAAUGGAAACUGCUUGUUUUACCAAUGAACCUGAUACACUAAAUUCUCUCGUAAAAGCUAUUGUUGAAUAUGAAGAUUGUGACGAUAAUUAUAAUACAAAUUCGACUGCUUGGACUGAUAGUCAAGAAAAUUGUAUUGAUUUGGAUACAUCAAGUUUAAUACCUUAUCAAGAACAAACUAUUCCAAAUGUUGACUAUAAGUUAACGUUAAUGUCAGUUUUUAUCCAGAUGCUACAGAAAGUAUAUGAUAAUGUAACGAAAUUUGCAACUGAUCAAAAUGUUUACAUAAUUGAUAAAGAUGAAGUUGUCGAUAUUAUUUUGUUAAACAGUGACACUGGUGAACAUCCAUUCCAUCUGCACGGUCAUGUAUUCUGGUUACUUGGUGUCGGUAAAAAUGGUACAAGUCCAGAUUAUGAUUCUGUAAAUACUAAAAAUCCGAUACAACGUGAUACUGCAUCUGUUCUUGCUGGAGGAUGGCUUAUCGCUCGAUUUGUGUCAAAUAAUCCUGGCGUAUGGGGAUAUCACUGUCAUAUCGAGUGGCAUGUGCAAUCGGGUUUAGUUAUGGCAUUCGUCGCGCAACCGGAUAAAAUUAAAAAAUUAAAAGCACCUGACGAUUGGAAAGAAUUGU